AUGAGUGAUCGAUCUAACGAUUUACGACAAUACAUAAAAUACGAUGAUCAUGUAGCAAGUCCAAGGAGAAGAACUGAGUUAAAUGAUCGUAUGAACAAUGCAGAUGUAGCUCAUGACAAAAUAUCAAAAGGUACACCCCUGACUAUGAUUAUCGAUGCUUAUCAUCAACCUCCUCAAAUGAUCGAUAUGGAAAAAGUUCAGAAGGAUAAAUAUACACUUAUGAUUUCACCAUUCAGAUAUGAUCAAUUAUAUCCUAAUCAUGAACCAAGGCCGAUUAAUGAUGGUCACUAUAUCGAUCGAUGGAACAAAAACUAUGUUCGAAUGCCAUGUUCACCAUGCUAUACCUUGGGGAAAAAUAGACAGCCUAUAUGGACAAUGAUUUCUAAUCAGUUAGCCAAUCUGAGAAAAAAAUGUGAUAAUAAAAUAGCCACUGUUGAAGAUUUAAAAACAACAAUUGAAUUCUGUACUGGACAUCAUUAUGAUAUGUAUUGUCUUGAAACACUUAUUAAUAAGGUUUAUACAAAUAGUGAACGUAUUCAUUUUAUGUCGAUUGUUCUAUCAAAUAUUUGUAGUCUUGCACUUAAUGUUGAUAGAAUUUGUAGUCGCUCACCACCAUUAUUACGUAUUGGAACAACUCAUUCAGUUACAAUGUCACAACUGCAAGCUGCUUCAUUAUUAGCUUGUGCAUUUUUUUGUUUAUUUCCAUAUCGUUCUAAUAAUGAACAGAAUGAUGAAUAUGAAAAUUUUCAAGAUCCAAAUUUUAAUCAAUUAUAUCGAUAUGGACCACCACAGAAAAUAGAAAAACUCAAAUGUAUUUUACAUUAUUUUCGACGUAUCACAAAUAAAAUACCCAAUGGUGUAAUUACAUUCAAACGCUAUUCAUUACCUGAUAAUUCCUAUCCGAAUUGGUCAAGUUCAAUAGCAAGACUCUGUGAUAUGCAUUUGACAACGGGUAAAAAAAUUGAAGAUGUAAAAUAUACUUUACAGGUUGAUUUUGCUAAUAAAUAUAUUGGAGGUGGUGUUUUAGGUAGCGGUUGUGUACAAGAAGAAAUUCGUUUUACAAUUUGUCCUGAAAUGCUUGUUAGUUUACUUCUAUGUGAAAAGAUGGAAAUCAAUGAAUGUAUUUUUCUUAUUGGAUGUGAACGAUAUUCAACAUACAAAGGUUAUGCUAAUUCAUUUCAAUUUGAUGGAAACUAUGAAGAUAAAACACUUAAAGAUAAUUGGGGUCAAAAAUGGUGUCAUUUAGUAGCAAUGGAUGCUUUUUGUUUUCGAGAUCCAAUCGUACAAUAUGAUAUGAAAUAUGUGAAACGUGAAUUAAUCAAAGCUUACACAAGUUUUUAUCCUCAAACAAUGAAGUUCGAAAGAGCAAAUAUGUUCGGUAUUGCUACUGGUAAUUGGGGUUGUGGUGCAUUCAAUGGUGAUAGACAAUUAAAAGCAAUUAUUCAAUUAAUGGCUGCUUCGGAAGCUGGACGUCCAUUAAUUUAUGCAGCUUAUCUAGAUAAAAAUUUAGUUAAAUCAUUCUUUGAAGUUUAUGAAUAUUUAUUAAAACAACAAGCAACAGUACGAGAUUUAUAUCGAUAUCUUGAACGAUAUUCUACUGAAAAUAAUCAAAGAUCAUUAUUCGAAUAUAUUCUUAAAACAUCAAUUUCGUCUCUUAAGUCGUAA